AUGAAAUUAGCCAAAAACAUGGACAGAAUGGGAAAAAUUGUCUUUUAUGAGGACAAAAACUUUCAGGGACGUUCCUUUGAGUGCAGCCUGGACUGCCCAGAGCUGUCGUCCCACUUCACUCGCUGUAACUCCAUCCGAGUCGAGAAUGGGGCCUGGGUUUUGUAUGAGCGUCCAAACUUCAUGGGCUUCCAGUACAUCCUAACUAGGGGAGAAUAUUCUGAUUAUCAGCGCUGGAUGGGCUACAAUGACACUAUAAGGUCUUGCCGUAUGGUGCGAAAUCACACUGGCUCUUUCCGUAUUCGUCUGUAUGAGCGGCCUGACUUCCAGGGUCAGACCAUGGAGUGCAGUGAGGACUGGCCGUCUCUCUAUGACCGAUUCCGUCAGCGUGAGGUCCAUUCCUGUAAUGUUUUGGAUGGAGCCUGGAUUUUCUUUGAGCAUCCAAACUACAGGGGACGUCAGUACUUGUUGGAGAGAGGCGAGUAUCGCUGCUUCACUGACUGGAAUGCCAUGCAUCCUACUGUCGGCUCCAUUCGCCGUAUUCAGGACUUUUAG